CUUCACGCUGCCACAACCACAACCCGUUAACGCCACGUGAUGGUUCCUCACGCCUCGAGGCUUUUCGAAACAAAAUUACCCAGCGACCAAGACUGCAGAUAGAGCCUCGGCACGUACGAAAAUCCAUUUCGCCACCCACUUAUUCACCCAUACCUCCCAUCUCUCUCCGGCUCGCAGGUGGAAGACUGAGGAAAUCCGACUGAAGCAAUCUCUUCUCUGCGUGUGGUGGAGCGAAGAACUUUUGAUGCCUCCAGCAAUCAGAGAUUGUCACACGUGUAACCGAAGGCGCAUACGCUGCGAUCGAGCUGUACCAUCGUGUAAAAAGUGUGCCCAGAAAGGCAUCGUCUGCCCAGGGUUUGGCACCCGGUUUCGGUGGACUAUUUCAACGACGCACCAUGGCGAACUUCAGGUUCUGGAACGAUUUCGGUCCUCACGGAAGACGACGAUGACGAAGAAGAUUCCACAUCCCUGUAGCAAAGCAGAGUCCGUCAAAUUUGUGCCAGAGCCAUCCGUUUUAGACCCGAGGUUGGGCGAGAGGGAACUUUCUCUAAAUUCACCCAUUUCUCGAAUGCUGGCUCACUAUGCAAACAGCAUCGCCACGAUGAUGGUGUGGAUCGACUCUGAACAGAAUGAAUACAGGAAAAUCAUCGUUCCCUUGGCCAAAGUUCAGGAAACGCUGAUGCUUUCAAUCUUGGCUGUAGUUUCCACGCACCGGCCUGGUACACUGCCGACCAAGAUCGGGCCGCCUGGAGACGUUUCCGAAACAGCCGUGUUGCAGAUCACUGAACGGCUCAGGUCGAUGGCUAGGGAUGCUAUGGUCCGUGACUGUGAACAGCACGAAGCUUUCAUCGCCGCAGCUCUCAUUUUGUCUAACUAUGCCCUAUUGAAUUCGGAACUUUCGGUCGCAUGGAUCCAUCUCAACGCCGUUCGAGUUUUGAUCAGGACAGCCGCAUUAAGCACGGCCUCUAACGCAAAACUGUUCUCCUUCCUCAAAAACCAAGCUGCAGCGUUCGAUGUGCUCGCCUGCACGGCUACGUUUGAUCCGGCCAAGAUCGAAGGCGUCAUCCUACCCGAGAUCCACAACGACAACGUCAUGUUUGGGCUCUUCUUACUGACGCUGCAGGGGAUCACAAGUCGUCAUUUGUCACAAGAGGCAGCUAUUGGUAGCUUAGAGUCCUUGACCACCAUCAGUGAGGUUGAAAACCAACUCGAGCUGGCACGUGCCUCAACACUGCGGGCAGCAGAAUCCUUGUCAUCGUCAUCAUCUAAGGUCUUUUCUAGCAAGCUCAUCGAGGAUGACUUUGUACGCAUGGUCCAGGUGUACCAUCAUGCCGGAGUUUUAUACGCUCAUCUACGUCUGACAAGGGUUCGUGACCCUGUAGGGAUAGAAUAUCACUCCUCCAGGCUCUUUCAAACCCUCGAUAGCUUUGAAGAUUACCGCGCAACUUGCCAUAAUUUAGCAUGGCCACUCUUCAUUGCCGGAAUCUGCUGUUGGCCUAACAUCGACAGAAUGAAAAGCACCCGAAAACUCACACAGAUCGUGGCAGAGAACACACAGUUUGGACACUACGGCAGUAUUGUACGCUUCCACCAGUGCCUUUGGGAAAGCCCACACCUGGACUGGAUCAACCUGGCGACGGAUUGGGAGAGCAGAGGGACACCGCUAAUCCCAGUAUAGUUCGAGAUGUUUGGAGAUUUUUUUCCACGGAAAGGAUUCUUUUAAUAUCGUUGCCGACCGACGAGCUUUGAUCGAUGAUUCCCGCUCAUUGUCGGAAAUCCUCGUGUCGCUCAAGAUGUACACAUAGUGAGGUAGCCGCACGUGAACCUGACUUGUUUCAUCGUACUUACGACCUCGGACUACGAUUCUCUUUCGACUGCCUUUCUCUCUUCGACGAGCAAAUCAAGCAAUGGACCCACUGGCACAUCCUGUCGAUCUAGCAGAAUUUCUAUUAUCCUCAACCCCCCGUCAGUCCUGUCCUCCAUUGCUUCAAGCACGUUCUGCAAGUCUUCCCAGGUCAGAGCGGUGGCUGUAAAGACGUCUUGGUCAGCGCCGAAAAAGUGAGGCGCUUGCGGAUACCGCCAACGGCCGAUGUCAUUGUACGUUUUGUUCAAGCCGUGGAUGCAUCGUUCAAUUGUGUACCCGUCAUUGUUGAUCAGGAAGACUGUGACGUCCAAUCUUUCGCGUAUGAUGGUGCCUAGUUCUUGAAUUGUCAUCUGGAGGCUCCCAUCGCCGAUGAAGACCAUAGUGCGCGCUUGGUCGAGGCCAUGGUAGUCAGAAGAACCUAUCAAGUCCCUCUGAGCCAGAGCAGCACCUUGCGCUGCUGGGAGCAUGUAUCCUAUCGACAACCACGUGGUGGGGGCGAAGACACGCGAGUAACGUGGCAGUCGAAACUCUUGAACACCAUAGCCUGCGGUCCCAGUUUCACCCAUGACAAUGUCUCCUGGGCGAAUGAGGUUCGCCAGAAAUCUCCACAGUCGGUCUUGUUUGAUGGCAUCUUUGCUAUGGACGGAAGAAAACGCAGAGAGUGUCGUGUCAUUUCCACAAGCCAUGUCAAUGUCAUAUGUGCCGCCAGUUUUGAACUUCAAGGCACUCAACUGUUGUCUCAAUUGAGACACCGCAAUUCUGGCUGGCACGUCUCGAAAGACCCGCUCACCACUUCGUACUUCAGUGUCGGUAAAGCUGAUUGUGACCGUCUUAGGAGGGAUACUAGUAUAGUCAAAGGUGUUGGUGGAGCUAUAGUGAGGACCGAAGCACAGAACCAAGUCCGAACUGUCCACGAAAGCUUUCGCCCUGGGGUCGUAGCUCCCUCAAUACACGCCAUAGACGUUGGGGGCCGUCUCGUCCACAAGGCCUUUUCCAAAUGUGGUGACCCACGUGGGCCAAUUUGUAAAUUCAACAAUACUCUGAACAUCUUCGGUGAUGCCAAGUGCUCUGGUCUCGCCAUCAACGAGAAUGACCGGCUGUUUGGCGGACUGGAUUUUCUCCAGAACCAUUGACAGAGCCGAGUCUAGCAUGGACGAAGGAACCUCUGGCCCUCGCGACAUCGAUUUCAGCGACAAACAGUCCGUCCAUAGGCUGCCAGAAGGGACGGGCGCAUCCACCAAGUCUACCGGCACUUGGAUGUAAACGGGUCGGCUGUGCACGAUACAUUCUUUGAGAACCGCAUCGAUUUGCGAGGGCGCCGAGUGAAGAUUUCGCAGGUUGGCUUGUGCCACCGUGAUAUGUGCAUGCAUCUGCGCAAAGCGUCCAAAAUUGCCGUCAUUGAAGGUAUGGUGGACCGUCGCCCGAGAGUCCUGGGCGUCUCUGUCUGGCGUGCCGACGAUGUGGACCACCGGUGCGCGUUCACAAUAGGCACCCGCAAUCGCAUUGAUAGUUGAAAGCUCUCCGACCCCAAAUGUCGUUAUGAGCGCUCCGAUACCUUUGAUGCGCGCAUAGCCAUCGGCAGCAUAGCCGGCAUUCAAUUCGUUACAGUUGCCGACCCAAUGGAUUCCAGCUGGUUCGAUGUAAUCCAACAGCGUGAGAUUAUAGUCGCCCGGGACACCGUGAAUCGCACGAAUACCUAGCUGAUGGAGACGUGUGAACAAAUACUCUGCUAGCUUGACUGUGGUAGCCAUCACGUUGGUUUAAUUUUGCGAAUCCAGAAUCUUUCCACAGAGCAGAAGGAAAUUCUUCAAGACGCUACGGUUGAGGUCUCGGUCUUUAAGGACAUUUCAUUAAAAUCGCAAACCCCACGUCCCAGGGACCAAGGGGUUACUGGAGAAGUGAGUCGACAGAUCAAGCUGCACUCAACAUAUCGAUCGCGUCGACAGGGAAUUGAGGCAAGAGUCGCUGGUGGACCCUUUCGUAAUCUCCCAAUUUUAUCCCGAGUUGGUUUAGCUCUACGAGCCUUCGGUAAACUGCGGUUUGGCGUCAGAGGGUUAUCACUAAGAUGACAUGUCCCAGCCAAUCCCCCGGCGAUUGCUCUCUAUGCAAGAAGGAUCGUAUGACACUAGCGUGUCGAUGUCAAUGAAGUAAUCAACAAGAACCGAAUUCAGAAUCGGGUCUCACAGGAGUAGAGGCGAGCCUAAAAUCCCCUCCUCCGGUUGUCACGGAUAUACUACAUUCGGUCUCUUUCGAUAGGUCACUUACACCAGGCUCUCCUUUAGUCAGAGAGAUAGGCCUGAAAUUCCCCUGUUUGGUAGUAUACUGCUAAAAUUUGCCCCUUAAUUCGUUGGAACAGUUUGGUCACGUCCUUUCUAGUUCGAGCCGCUCGAAGUCUGCCAUAAUAAGGCCAUCACAGAUACCUCUACUUCAAAUUUAAGAAAUUUCCUACGGCAGACAAACUAGCAGAGUAUGUCGAGUUUAUCUGAAGUUUAUCC